AUGGCUCCGGAAUGCCCAAAGCAAGCAGACCCUCUGUUCUUUUAUACGAGUGGCCGAUGGCUAUGGAAUGAAGACAAGCAGCUUCAAGAAAGAUUUCGAUAUUUCCUCGUGCCCGAACUCCAGGAAGCAGGUCGUCAUGCAGUAGGCGCAUCUCGAUGCCUCGCUAUAACGAAGAUAGGCGAAGGUAACCUCAACAAGGCCUAUCGUUUGGAAAUGGAUGAUGGGCAGAUUGUCGUCGGCAAAAUUCCACACCCCAAUGCCGGUCCGUCAUUCUUUACGACUGCUUCAGAGGUAGCAACAAUGGAGUACGCACGAAGUGUCCUGGGUCUACCCGUACCAAAGGUGCUUGCGUGGAGCGCGUCUGAUAAUAACCCAGUGGGGGCAGAAUACAUCAUCAUGGAGGAAGCGAAAGGGACUCAACUCAACAGAGUCUGGGAUGAUCUACCACUGAAGUUCAGAUGCGACAUUCUUCGUCAGGUUGUGGAUAUUGAAAGCAGAUUGCUUUCCGUAUCUUUCCAACAGAUCGGAUCACUAUACUUCAAAGACAGCAACGUGCCCGGAUGUAUGCCUGCUGCUCCCACAGCUGGUUCGCAGAAAAUCGUCGACCAGAUCUCGUCACGAUUUUGUCUCGGUCCCAUCGCUCGUCGGGAGUUCUGGGAAAAUGAACGUGCUCACAUGAGUCAACACCAAGGGCCUUGGACUUCAGCGUCAGAGUAUAUGGUAUCUGUUGCUCAACGCGAAAUGGAAUGGAUAAACUUAUACGGCUCCUCUCAGCUAGAUAGCAGCCUGGACGUGUCCAAACAGUUUCAGUUCAUCAGUUCCAACCAGAACUCUCCCGACGUGCAUAUAUCUGCAUUGGAGAGAUACAUUUCGGCAGUCCCGCACUUAAUCCCUCGAGAUCCAACGAUGACCUGUCCCAGGUUCUGGCACCCCGACUUCCACGCUGGAAAUAUAUUCAUUGAUGAACAAAACCGAAUCUCCAGUAUCAUUGACUGGCCACCAUUGAUGCUAGACUAUAGUGUCGAAAGGAGGCUGUUCUUUCCUGACAACUUCAAGACUCUCAAUGAAGACGAGAAAAAUGAAAUCAGAUACCAAGUGUCGCAGUCGAUUCUCAUCAAUAGCUACGAAACAGCCACUGCCAAAAUAAACCCGGUGAUACAUCAAAAAUUGCAUCAUCCAGCAGGAAAAACUCUCAAGCAACUUGAGACAUUUGCCGGCGGUAGUUGGGAUAACUGCAUCUUCCCACUAAUCGAGUGCUUACUCCACGUCAAGAGGUAAGUUUCCUGUGAUCAUUACAUUAUAUCCUCUGUUCCAAUAAAUAACUGGAUAUCAUAGGAAUUGGGAGGUAUUCAACCAAGACGAGCCAUGUCCAUAUCAGUUCUCAGACGAAGAGCUCCAUAAGCACUACGACGAAGUUGAGCAGUGGAAUGCUAGUCGAGAUUAUUGGGGGGCGCUCGACGGUAUUCUCGACGAUGAGGGUUACACACAGAAUGAUACUUACAAGCUGGCGCUGGAGGCAGUGACGGAUAUGCGACGAACACAAAAGGAGUCGCAAUCC